CAUCUGUUUGGAGGAGAACUCCAGAACCAGACCUUGUAGGAACCACCUUAAUCUUGGAGUGUGAAAUAUUAAUUUAUCCCCUGAACAAGAAAAAUGGGCUGUGAUCGAAACUGUGGGCUGAUCACUGGGGCUGUCAUUGGUGCAGUUCUGGCGGUGUUUGGAGGUAUCCUAAUGCCAGUUGGAGACAUGCUGAUUGAGAAGACAAUUAAAAAGGAAGUUGUCCUUGAAGAAGGUACAAUUGCUUUUAAAAAUUGGGUUAAAACAGGCACGGAUGUUUACAGACAGUUUUGGAUCUACGAUGUGCAAAAUCCACAGGAAGUGAUGGUGAACAGCAGCAACAUUAAAGUUAAGCAAAGAGGUCCUUACACGUACAGAGUUCGUUACCUAGCCAAGGAUAACAUAACGCAGGACCCUGAGGACCACACAGUCUCUUUCGUGCAGCCCAAUGGUGCCAUCUUUGAACCUUCACUGUCAGUUGGAACAGAGAAUGACACUUUCACAGUUCUCAAUCUGGCUGUAGCCGCUGCAGCCCAUAUCUAUCAAAAUGCAUUUGUUCAGUCAGUACUCAAUUCACUUAUCAAAAAGUCAAAAUCUUCUAUGUUCCAAACCAGAACUUUGAAAGAACUGUUAUGGGGCUAUAAGGAUCCAUUUUUGACUUUGGUUCCAUACAAUAUUCCUACCACAGUUGGUCUGUUUUAUCCUUACAACAACACUGCAGAUGGAGUUUAUAAAGUUUUCAAUGGAAAAGAUAACAUAAGCAACGUUGCCAUAAUUGACACUUACAAAGGUAAAAAGAAUCUCUCCUUUUGGCCAAGUUAUUGUGACAUGAUUAAUGGUACAGAUGCAGCCUCAUUUCCACCUUUUGUCGAGAAGACCCGGGUAUUGCAAUUCUUUUCCUCUGACAUUUGCAGGUCAAUCUAUGCUAUAUUUGAAUCUGACAUUAAUCUGAAAGGAAUCCCUGUGUAUAGAUUUGUUCUUCCAUCCAAGGCCUUUGCAUCUCCAGUUCAAAACCCAGAUAACCAUUGUUUCUGCACAGAAAAAGUUAUCUCAAAAAACUGUACAUCCUAUGGUGUGCUAGACAUCAGCAAAUGCAAAGAAGGAAGACCUGUGUACAUUUCACUUCCCCAUUUUCUACAUGCAAGUCCUGAUGCUUCAGAACCUAUUGAAGGCUUAAAUCCAAAUGAAGAAGAACAUAGAACGUACUUGGAUGUUGAACCUAUAACUGGAUUCACUUUACGAUUUGCCAAACGGCUGCAGGUCAACAUGUUGGUGAAGCCAGCAAGAAAAAUUGAAGCACUGAAGAGUCUAAAGAGGAACUAUCUUGUGCCUAUUCUGUGGCUUAAUGAGACUGGAACCAUUGGUGAUGAGAAGGCGGAAAUGUUCAGGAAGCAAGUGACUGGAAAAAUAAACCUCCUUGGCCUUGUAGAAAUGAUCUUACUCAGUGUUGGUGUGGUGAUGUUUGUUGCUUUUAUGAUUUCAUAUUGUGCAUGCAGAUCAAAAAAAGUGAAAUAGGGAGCAAAUGAGUCUUUAUGCCUAUGCACCAGCUCUGUCAGAACCUCUGGUGAUACCAACCCACAAAAUGAAGAUUUAAUGUGCUUCAAUUUAUAAACCACACCUUAUCGCUUAAAGAAAUGGUGGCACUAUUUUUGUUUUUGUACUAAGCAACACAUUUCCAAAGGAUUAUCAAGAGGUUAUUAAAAUCUAUACUUUGAAUAAACCCAGAAACUUUUAAAAUGCAUCUUUUCAACAAUUGAAUUGAUUUCAGUUUCUGCAGACUCGCUCCAGCAUGAACCACUUUUUUUGUUGUCGUUCCCUGAUGGCAAAUCCAGCAGAGGAGAUGUUCUAAACAAAUCCUAAGCUCCGCACACCUGUCUUCCUCAGCAAGGGGAUGGCAUCAUCACCCUAGUAGUCCCCUGUUCCAUUGCAACAGACAGUCCCCAGCACUGUAUGAGCACCAAAUAUUUUGAAGGACAUUUAAAAAUGAUUGGCUCAUAACCAUUAUCUUAAGUUUCUUUCCCUAUGGAAUACUUUCUACAGCAGGCAUAACCAUUUUCUUACUUUAUAAAAAUAUGGGCUUAUAUUUUACCAUAGAUCAUGCAAAUGGACAUCUUUUGUAGCACACUUUAUCUUUUAAAGACUGUCAUUUUCCACAUUCUGCAGCUCUUCCGGAAAUCUGAGUAGACUUUGGUGUUUCUACUCAGUUUCAAUUUAUGCUUGGCAACCUCAGAAUGCUAUUCUAGCAUUAAGAGAUGUAAAUGAUAAUAAAGGAAUUAUCGUGUGAAA